UUGCACCCUAACACCCGGCGUAGUUGUUAACCGUUGCCUGGACACUAAGGUCGUCCUGCGAAAUUUCUCCCUCUUCAGAGAGAGAGAAAGAGAGAGAGAAAAAAAAACCGAUACGCAUUUUAAUAAUUCAACAAUAAUUUUAAUAAUAUCACCAUGGACGUAGUAACUCAAAUGCCCCAAGUAGCCACUCUGGAUGACCUGAUUCAAGAGCUCCACAAGGUAUUCGACAGCGAUGAAGUCAAUGUCGAAUAUGUGUACAACCUCCUCGCUUCGUACAAGUCUAAUCCGGUCGAGUGGAAGAAAUUCGCCAAGUUCGAUCGAUACAAGUACACAAGGAACCUGGUCGACGAAGGCAAUGGAAAGUUCAACCUCAUGCUCCUGUGCUGGGGGCCUUCGCAUACCUCGACCAUUCACGACCACGCCGAUGCCCAUUGCUUCAUGAAGAUGCUGGAAGGUUCACUUCAGGAGGUGAGGUUCGAAUGGCCGAAGGGAGAUGAGACCGAGGAAGGUAUGGUUGAAAUCGACCGAAAUAUUCUGAAACUCAACGGCGUGUGUUACAUUAAUGAUUCCCUCGGCCUACACCGUGUGGAGAACGCCUCCCACAGUGAAGGUGCUGUCUCCCUCCACCUCUACUGCCCCCCCUUCAGCGCCUGCCAAAUAUUCGACGAGAGGACAGGGAAGAAAAUGAAGUGCCCAGUUACCUUCUGGAGCAAGUUUGGGAAGAAAGUCGAAAACGGCCCUCCGAAGUCAGCCUGUUGAAGAGAAGACCAAACACUUACUUAAGACUCACAAAAGGAACACCAUGUAGUUUAUGUGGCUUAACGCGAAAUAUACCAGUGUUUGUUCUUCAUAACUGUACGGUAACUUCUAUAUAGACUGUCACAAUGGAAAGUGUGUAUUAUCUUUGAAUGUCAGUGAGUUGCAGGCAUUUAUUUAUUUUUCCUUUUUUAAAACGUGGCCUGAUUUUUUUUUUCUCUUUUUUUCCCCCUCACUGAUGAAGAGAUCAAAGCUUCGUGAUAAAGCAUUAAUAUUUAAUUUUUGUAUAUUUCUCUGAAUCAGAGUAUACCGUAUUGUUUCCCAUUAUUUGCACAAUAUAAAAUUUUGUUUUUUAUUCUCGAAAUCAAGAACUGAAAUGAAGUCAGGUCUGGAAAAAGACAUUCAUUUUUUUUAUUUUUUUUCAUCUUGCUGGUAUUAUAAACACCGAUUAAUACUUUUGUGUACACUUAAUACAUUGUAUUUUCAUUCGUUAUAAGGAAUUGUAAGCUAAAAUAUUAAUUAAGUCACUAAUAAGCUGAAAUGAAAUAGACUUAAGUGACUAAUAAAGUGAAUUAUAAUUAAUGACCAAAAAAUGUGGCAUGCAACUCAUUUGCAUAUCACAAGUACGUUUUUUUUUUUUUAAUCUAGAAAACCUGUUAAUUAACUUUAUCCCGGAAGUGUAUAUAGAUGUAUGUAACUGUAUGUUUUUAGUUUAUCAAUUAUACAAUUUUUUUUCUAUAAUUUUUCUUGGUUAUCACUCUCUGUUAUUUCUCCCCUAGAUGUUUGUAAAUGCUUAUCAAAAAAAUGGCCAAGAGUUCAUAUAUAUAUGUUCAGGAUUUUAGUCAUAUAUAUAUAUUUUUUCAUUAAUGAAGUGACCAAGUUGAUUAUAUCUACCCACACGUUAAGAUAUUUUUUUAGGUGAAGUGCCAAUACAAAAGAUAAUAUUCAGUCACACACACACACACACACACACACACACACACACACACACACACACACACACACACACACACACACACACAC